AGAGACUCUGACUGGAUCAUGAUGAUGACCUCUGACCUCCAAGGUUUCCAAAAGAUAAAGAGAGGAGGAAGAGGUGGGAAAUAGCUUUGAGGAGGGAUGGAUUCACUGCAAGUGAUUCAUCUGUACUAUGCAGUGAGCAUUUCAAAACGGAGGAUUUUGACAAAACAGGUCAGAUUGUCAGACUGAGAGCUGAUGUGAUGCCAUCAAUUUUCAGCUUCCCAGUUCACCUUCAAAGAGUUGAAAACUACAGAACUACAAUAACCUCCACAAAAGCCCAAAGUAGUGAGUAUGUGGCCUCUCAAGAUGACCCAGAAACUUGUAGUUCAGACCUGCAACCUCAGUCUAAUGAUGAUCAUUGCUAUGCUUUGCCAGCUUCUCUUACCGCUGUCACUGCAAAACAUAAGAGAGCGUUGGCAAGAGUGGAAUAUCUGGAGCGGGACAAGAAAAACACCAUGGCCAGAGAGAAGAGGGCAAAGACCACAGCAAAGUCACUUUUGGGGGAAUUGAGUGAAAAAAAUCUCAUUACUGAAGAACUCAAAGAACGGCUUGAAUUCUACUCUGAUCUACAACUAGAGUUUAUGGAGAAAAAGGGCCAUGAAUACUCCAACGAAUAUAGAGAGUUUGCCCUCACACUUCAUCUCCAUGGCCCAAAGGCAUACAAAUACCUUAGAGAGAAGCGAAGAUUUCCCCUCCCACAUCCGCACACAUUACAAAGGUGGUUGUGUUCAGUAGAUGACAGGCCUGGCUUGAACAAGAUGAUGCUGGACAUGCUGGAGAGAAAAUGCCAGGAAGACCAUGCUAAAUAUGGAUUUGUUGCACUCAUUUUGGAUGCAAUGGCAAUCAGAAAACAUGUGCAAUAUAAUCUACAUACACAGUCACUGUCUGGCUUCGUGGACCUGGGGGAUGGAAACAAUGAGACUGAGGUUGCUACUGAGGCUCUUAUGUUUAUGGUGGUUGGCCUCCAAGGGCAUUGGAAGGCUCCCAUUGCGUACUACCUGACGGCGUCUCUGUCACCAGACACACAAAAGGUACUUGUCAGUCAUGCUUUAGAGGAGCUGCAUGCUCGAGGAAUUCGAGUGCUAUGUAUAACAAUGGAUGGGCAUGCUACCAACAUCAGCAUGUGUAACCAACUUGGGUGUGAACUGAAGGGAAACCCACAAGAACCCCUGAAAACCAAUUUCCCACAUCCAGUUACUGGAGAGAAAGUAUUUGUAAUGAUGGAUCCAUGCCACAUGCUGAAGUUGACACGUAAUAUGUUGCAGGCAUAUAGCCCAAUAGCAACAACCACUGGACACAUCAACUGGAGGUACAUAAAUCAUCUCAAUGAUGUGCAGAAACAACAUGGACUACAUGCUGCCAAUAAAAUUUCGGACAAGCAUGUGUACUUUGAGAACCACAAGAUGAGAGUGUCCCUGGCUGCACAAACACUGAGUCGCUCCGUGUCAGUGGCCCUCCGCACUAUGAGAGAUCUUGGGUACUCUCUGUUUAAAGAUUGUGAGGCCACAGCAGCAUUUAUUGAGAUGAUUGACAGGAUGUUUGAUACAAUGAAUGCACGCAAUCCUCUUGCUAAAGGAUUCAAAGCUCCCAUGGGAUCUUGGAAUUGGAUGGAAAGAAAAGCAUUUUUGUCAAGAGCCCGGGAGUACUUGCUCACUUUGUUGACGAAAGAUGGAACACCCCUUCACCGAUCUAAGAGGUUUAUUAAAAUAGUGCAUGAGAAGUUCCUGAUUUCUGUUCUGUUAUCCAUCAAGUUCUUAAGAUGGACUGUUCUCUGCAUCAAGUUCAUAAGAUGUUACUGUUAAAAUGUUUUGCAUUUUGUCACACAGUCUGUUUUGUUUGUCUUAAUUAUCUUGUCUUCAGUGUAUUUCAGAUCCCCGAUGCUUCUUGGUAUGUAUUACACAACAUAUAUUUUGUGCAGAAAUCAUAUUUUAUGUACAUUAUGUUGCUAUGAUUGUGUAUGUAUGUGAUUGUGUUUGGUGAUGGUCAGAGUGAAUGUCAGUGCAGAAUGGCAGUACCGCUUCUAUCAAACUGACCCAAGCUGGGCUGUGGCUCCAAACCACCAAGAAUGAGAAAUGAAUAAAAAAGAUAUAUGUUAAGUGUCUUAGAGUGUCGAGAAAAGAACUGUACAAAAAUGAUUUUAUUUUACAUUUUAAACAAUGUUCUCUUGUUUAAAUUUUUUAAGAUCUGCAGUUUUGUUUCUGUUGGAAUCGUCUUUUCUUCAGUGUGUUACAGGUCCCUAAUGCUUUUAAAUGGUAAGUACAUUAUUUAAAAAAUUAACUAUAGGUAAGUGUGAAAAAGGUAUGUAUUGUAUGUGUUCUGGUUCAAGUUCAUAUUGGUGGUUUCUGAAAAUACCGUUUGAAGCAGCAUCAUUAUGCUUUUCUGUGGUGCUUUUUUGAGGUGUCUUGUUUAGCCAUGUUCAGAGCAAUAAAACAUUUUUCUUUUGCAGGUACCUCUCUGUCAUUGGAUUUGUCAUCAACAUUGACACGUUACUGCUGAUGAUUCCUGAACUGCUCCAAGUGCAGCGGUAUGUCCUCACAUACAGGUUCAGCCAAGAUCACUUGGAGCUCCUGUUUAAUUCCAUCAGAGCAUCAGGUGGCUGGAAUAACAACCCAUCAGCAUGCCAGUUCCAGGCCAUCUUCCGCCGGCUGAUGGUUCGGUGUGGGGUUACACCCAGUGAGACUGGCAAUGUGGCAGCACAAGACAACACCGUGUCCCUGUCUGCUGUUGAAAUGUCCUCUCCUGAAUCUAAUGAAGAGCAUCCCUGUCCUUUUGCUAGGAUUUCAGCCAUUCUGGACGACCACAGCUAUCUUCCGACCAAGUUUGGUGGUCUGGUAGAAAAUGCCUUGGUUUACAUAUCUGGAUUUGUUGUGAGGCAGAUUCUGCGUAAACUAACCUGUGACCCAUGUCGAGUCAGUUUGAUUCAAGAUGCCACACCGUCUUCAUUUGAUGAGAACUACCAUCUUCUCACUUUGAAAAAUAAUGGCGGGUUAGUGAUUCCCUCACAAGGCGUAGUGAAGGUGGUGAGAGCUGCAGAGAGGGUGAUUGGUGGUGCUUCACCAAACCAUCCUCCUAAGCUGUCCGCCGUCACAUACAUAGUCCGUGAAGACAUUGGAACAGAAGAUGUUUUCCAGCUUGGGGAACACACUCAGGAGACACAAUUUGGCAUUGACAAUCACCAUUCUGACUUGCUGUCAUUGGUUGUGUCUGUGUUUCUGAAGAUAAGGAUGCACCACAUUGCAAAAGUCACAUGUCUUGGUUUGCAGAAAGGCAACACCAGAAAAAAGCUCUGCAAAACUGUCCUAUUUCAAGGCUAUUAGAUUGUGUAAAAAUGUAAUGAAUAUGUAAAUAUUGUUGUCACAACAGAUAAGUAUGUGUUUGUGUGUGUAUGUAUAUAUAUAUAUAUAUAUAUAUAUGUGGGUAUGUAUAAGGCUAUUAGAUUGUGUAAAAAUGUAAUGAAUAUGUAAAUACUGUCACAACAGAUAAGUAUGCAUGUGUGUAUGUGUGUAUAUAUGAGAUUAUCGGAAUAUAUACAUAAUGUGUGUGAAUAAAUUGCAUCUUUGGUUGUAUCUUGCAAAACAUGUCAUACUUUAAAACAUUGUAUUCCACCAAAAUUAUUUAAAUAUGCUAAACUAUACGUUCCUAUACAUGCAAUUUUAAUAGCUGUAUGCCUAAAAUUUAAUUAUGUGACAAUGUGAUUACUAUUCAGCGUGUUAUGAUCUAUUAAAUGCGCUGAUCCUUUAUUGUGCCUGCCAAAUAUAUAAGGCUGAGUGGAGUGGUAUACCGCUCCAAGAUGGCCGCCCUAAAUCUCGUCAGCUCCAAUAGGCGAGAGCGGCCCGUGAGGCGUCUAUCCAUAUAUUAUGUCUAUGUGAGACAUGCGCAGUUCUGUGAUU